UUUAAUGCAGAGCAUGUCGUACUUAUUCCUAAAACAGGUUAUCUAAACUCUUACCUUGGAACUUAAACAUAGACGAUAGCGAACAUCCGAGCGCCGCAAACACGCAGCUACCGCGACCCCGGCGCCGUUGCUACGCGUGAUCAUAACAUUACUGUGCGUCAAUAACCAUUACAAUGUACCGGGCCAAUGUAACAAAAAUCCAAUGAAAUACGUUUCUUGUGUAUCCAAUCAUUAUUCCGCACUGUUCAUGGAUUGGUCGACAUCGUAGGCAAAUGUGAUGUCUUUGGGUGGGAAAUUAAAAGCAAAAUGAGAAUGUGGCGGCUAAACAAAACUUCUUAAUAUGGAUGGAGUUGGAGCCCCAUCAGUUUACAUGGCUGCUUGUGCUUAUCUCCAGUUGCACAAGUCAGCCACAGAGCACUCCAAGUGAGAAGACUAUACUUAUAAAGAAUGCAGAUGUUGGAGAGCCAGGGCCUGUUAAUACAAGUUUAGCUUUAUUGAAAGCUGUGUCCAUGAGACCAACAGAUCCAGGACAAGUGAUCCAUGGUGUGUCAGGGGCAGGAGUGCAGUCAGACAGUGUUAGUAACAUACAGGCUCAGCCAGGAACACAUCAUGAGGGUGGCAGUGCAGUCACUCUGCCUGAGAUGAUGCCAGAGCUUCAAGUGCCUUUGAGGAUUGAUCUUGCAUCUGUGCCAAAAAAUGAUAUUCCUGAAUCUCCUAUGACACUUAAUUUGAAGUCAGACCAUCCUACACCUCUGAAGUUCACUCCUCAGCCUGUCAUGGGAAAUGCUUCUGAAUCUUACACUGCACAGACAAGUGCCCCCAAAUUUCCUGCAUCCCCAGCAGCCCCCACAAAGACUACUGCUGUGGGUGGAGAGGCGGCCGCGUGGUCAGCGGGCGGAGCCGGCGGCGAGCUACCGGUGCGCCUGGCCGGCCCAGACGCGACGCCGCCGGCGGGCCGCAGCCGUCACCGACCCGAGCCCGGUCUGGCGCCGUCCGAGGACAAGCCGAGCAGCCGGCGCACGGGCGUGCCCGACCUUGAAAUGAUCGAGAACCCCUCCAAGCCGCGCAAGGGCGUGCCGUCGGCUCCCGCGCCGGAGGUGGCUGUCAGGCCCCAGUCGGCCGCGCCACCGCCACCCGGCCCGGACGUAUCGGAGGAGCCGGCCGCGGUCGCGGCCAGCCCGCCACACCAGCUGGCGUCGUACGCUGGGCCUGAGGAGCUGGCCGGCGAGACGGUACCUCUCACGAGCGCCGACCUGAGUAAGGCCCGCGUAUCCACUCUGGUCGGCGUCGGCUUCAUCGUCUGCUUCGUGCUCGUCAUGGGCUGGCUCGUGUUCCGCAAGGCCAGUGACAGAUGGCAGCACCGGCACUACAGGAAAAUGGAUUUCCUGGUUGAUGGCAUGUACAAUCUAUGAAUGUCAAAGGACGCCGCAUUCACCACGCACGCCACACGCACGCCGCGCUCACCGGGCGCCGGGAGAGUGCGUGCGUGCGUG